CCCACCACCACCACUCACCCGCUACAUGUGGGGGAAGAAACCUGCCGAGUAAAACCAGGCAGAGGAAAAUAAACAUUGCCAAGUAUCACUUUUUACUACAUGGACUAAGCGCGCUAUUUUUUUGUCUCUCCUCUCACUCAGGCGCUAGGUGUGUAAACUAGUGAAAGUUUGAUGCCCGAGAGGACAUUUGCACGCCUGGACUGAGCGACAAUGGGAUUUGUGAGAAUCACGUUAUCGGUCCUGGCGGAUUGGUCUGCAUAACGUUUCCCAGCACCGGUCGCAGACACAUGGGAUACUCUCAAUGAAACCAGCGAGAACGUGUUUGCGUCGCCAGAACGAGGAGUAAACCAGCGUUGGGAGCAAGUGACUGAAGAGUUGUCCCCGGGGCAAGGUUUGGACAAAUCCACAUGGGAGCCGUGGACCUAUAGGAAAUGGCUGCAAAAGAGCACUGAACUUCAGCAGGUCACCUGUCACCAUUGAGAGCCACCCUCUCCUGCCAUCGUGGCUCAAACCUGGGAACUCCACAUCUUGUCGCUGUCUGUGACCAGGGGCUAACCUCAUCCCAUCAGCGGUGGAACACAGAGGAUCAGGUUGCAUCCAGAGGUGUGUGCUUUUAAACCUAAGCAGCUGAGAGGUCAAGAGGUGACAUGCCUCUGUAAAACACCACUGGAAACAAAUGCUCUGCUGCCAUGCCUCCGUGGAUUGCGCGUCGUCUUUCAGGGUUAGCGGUCCAGACGCUGCUUUCACUCCUACUGCUAGCCGUCGGCUGGCCCUUCACCUCCUUACCUAAUGGUGUUGCCCAAGGAUCAGACCCGUCGCCCUCCAGCCUUUACCCCACCUUUAUCCGGAACGACACUCUGUUUGAGCACUUGGCCCUACAUCCCGACCCCAGUGUGAGUCGGGUCUACAUCGGGGCCCGUGAUCGCCUGUUCCAGUUGGAUCGGUUCCUCCAACCUGAACUUGAGGCUAACACCGGACCUGUCACAGACAGUCGGGAGUGUUUACCUCCUGUAACAGAAAGCAACUGCCCUCAGGCCAGGCUCACAAGCAACCACAACAAGCUCCUACUUGUCGACCCGUACUCCAUGGAACUCAUCACAUGCGGGAGUGUCAACCAAGGAAUCUGCCAGAAACGUAAUCUGAAUUCUGUGGAUGACGUACGUUUCUCUACAGAGAGGCCCGUGGAUACUCAAUACGUAGCAGCUAACCACCCCAACGUUAGCACCGUGGGACUCGUGGUUCGCUCUCAUCCUGACAGACAGCCAGUACUGUUUGUGGGGCGGGGUUACACCAGCAGCCACCCACCUAUUUCCACACGUAACCUUGCCAAGACACCCAUCUUUUCUUACGAGGAGACCGCCAAGUUGGCCGUGGCGGGCCGUCUCUCGGAAUACGACCAUCAUUUUGUAGCAUCAUUUGCCCACCGUCAACAUGUAUACUUCCUCUUCUACAGGCGGGACCUAAAGUCACAGUCACGGGAGUACCGCACCUACGUCUCUCGUGUUUGCUUGGACGACCAGGCAUACUACUCGUACGUGGAAGUGCCCUUGACUUGUCGUUCCGGGGCAGGGAAAAUUUACAACCUCUUGCAGGCUGUCCAGCUUGGCCUCACCAAGGAUGGCACGGCGAGUCAAGGCUCAGAAGUUCUUCUCGGUGUCUUCUCCACCCUCCACCCAUCGACUCGGCCCAGUGAGGACUCUGCCCUCUGUAUGUUUAACCUCAAAGACGUGGACAGCAGGAUUAACUCCACCAGAGACCUGUGCUACACACAGAUGGGUAGAGAAGCGGGACUGGAGGCGGCCUACAUCGAGUAUGAAGUCAAAUCCAACUGUGCCAACCUGCCAGAGAACACUCUGGAUGCGUACCCCUGCGGCUCUGACCACACCCCCAGCCCGAUGGCCAGCAGGAUGCCCGUGGAGGCGGAGACCAUAUUGGACAGUCCGUCCGCUCGCCUCACCGCCGUGGCCGUCAGCGUGAGGCCGGGACACACCAUCGCCUUCCUGGGAGAUUCCAAAGGAAACCUGCACAAGGUGUUCCUGGGGCCAAAGGGCGAAGUGGAGGAGUACUCCGUCUUGUCCAUUCAGCAGAACACAGCCAUCAGUUCGGACCUCAUCCUGGACCAGAAAGAGGAACAUCUCUUCAUCAUGACUCAGAACAUGCUGCAGAAGAGGCCCGUGGCUGAAUGCCAGCAGCACCCAGACUGCCACUCCUGCCUGCUGGCCCACGACCCCUACUGUGGCUGGUGUGUCCUGGAGGGAAGGUGUGUGUUGCAGUCUGAGUGUUCUCGUGGGAAGCAGCCAGGUCAGUGGCUGUGGAGCUUCGACAUGGAGCAGCAGUGUCUGGCCAUCCAGGACCUCAACCCUUCCAACGUCAGCAGGGAGGAGAGCCGGACGGUGUCUCUGUCAGUCGCCGGCCUUCCAGUGUUAGAGAAAGGCGAAUCCUACUCCUGCGUCUACCAGGACAGCCACAGUCCUGCCGUUGUCACCGAAACCGGGGUCACCUGCCAUUCUCCCGACACCAGCCGAGUACCCAUGGUGCCUCCGGGACAGGACUUCAUCACAGUCACCCUGUCUCUUCGAUUUGGCGACGUCACCGUCACAGCGAGGGAUUUCACCUUCUACGACUGCACGGCUGUGAAGCAGCUGUCUGGCAGUGUGCCUUGCCGUGGUUGCGCUCUGAGCCGAUGGGGCUGUAACUGGUGCGUUCACCAGCACUUGUGCACCCACAAGCCCAUCUGUGAGGAGGGGGUGAUCAUUUACAACCAACACUUUAAACUCCCCACCUCGGCUCCUCCCACAACCAAACCCAUUAAAGUCACCACAACAGCCUCUACCACAACGGCUCUGACAACCAGCACCACGACGACCACCACAACAACCCCCACAACCACAACAACUAUCGCCACGACAACAACCAUUGCUACGACAACAACGACCGCAGCUCCUGUCACUGUGGCAACCACUCAGGAGCCAACCAUCCCUCCUGCACCCACGACCACCACCAGCCCUGAGCCACCCACCACAAUGCCCCAUCAGCCUGCCAGCAUCCUGCCAUCCACCACACCAGCACCCACUCCAACUCCGCCCCCAAAGGUCACCACCGGGAUGGAAAAGGAGACUGAAGCGGGAGAGCUUUUUGUUGACACAGAAGGUGCCACGGCCACACAUACUGUCGUCAUGGUAGCCACGGAGUUGGUGCCAGCCACCGUGGCUGAUGGUCUAAGUGGAGAUCUGAACCCUGUGGUGCCUUUGAUCAUCCCGCCCCACGAAACAGAUUCCUCCCCCUUGGAAGUGGUGACGAAGUCACCCCCGAGCGACACCCAGGAGGCUGAGGGAGCUCUGAGCCUGGCGGAGCCUCCCACCAUGGCCUCAUCUGGCUUCUCCCUGCCCACGCCCUUCCCUCUGGGUGAACCUGGCGACAACGAGCCCCCCCUCUACCUGGACCUGACCCAGACCCCCACCCUGAUGCCCACACAAGACUCCCAGACUGAGGCAGGAAUCCAAGGCACUGACCCUGAGGAGCUCCUCGGGCCAAAAGAAGAAGAAGAGGACUUUCGCGCAGAGAGCGCCGUCCAGUCAGAAAACGACAAUGCCACAUUUUCCGCGUCCACUGUGUUGUCAGGUGACGGGGAGGUUGACCACGCCCCCCAAACAUACCCCCACCUGCUGGAUACUGACUCAGAGCUGGACUACCAGUAUGAUCCAGCUGACGCCUUCCUCCCGGGGGACGAGGGCUCCUAUGUCAGCUGGGGUUCUUCUGCGUGUCCCUGUGUGGAGAAGGUCCAGGGUUCAUCACUGCUCCCUGUCAGAGUGGAGAGGAAGAUCACCUUACUGGCCCGCAACCUGCAUCUCUACCAGGAUAUGGAGCUGGACUAUGAGUGUGUGCUGGUCAUCGAGGGGCAGACAGUGGUGGUGGACGCCUACGUGGAGACUGAUGACAUGAAUCCAUCAAAUUUUGACAUCACCUGUCAACUACACCAGUACACAUAUUCUGCUCCAGUGGAAGAAUACAAUGCCAUGGUGUAUGUGAAGAGGAGAGACACCUUUCAUGUCGACAGCUCUCCUGAUCUAUACGUGACUCUGUACAACUGCGCUGUGGGCCGCUCUGACUGCAGCCGUUGCCACACAGCCGACCACAAAUACGGUUGUGUGUGGUGUGGCGGCGCUCAGGCCAGCUGCUUGUAUUCAGACUCGUGUAGCGAACCCGUACAGCAGACAUGCCCCGCCCCUGUCAUCCACUCCAUUGAGCCACUCUCUGGUCUGUUGGAAGGCGGCACCAUGGUGACCAUCUCAGGCUCCAACCUGGGCCAGAAGGCUGAGGACAUCCUCCACUCGGUGUCAGUAGCCGGGAUUCCCUGCACUGUCAUCCCCAGCCUCUACGAGGUCUCCUCCAGGAUUGUCUGCAGAACCAAAGCCAGUGGUGGAGAGAAGGUGGGCCACAUGUCUGUAAAAGUGAGCGGAGGAGAGUUUGGUCUGUCCAGCCAGACUUUCAGCUACCAGGACCCAUUUGUGAUGGGGGUGUCUCCUGAAAGGGGGCCCAAAGCCGGAGGGACGACCCUGACUAUAAUCGGACGAAACCUGUUAACAGGACGUCCCUCUGACCUCGCCAUCACUGUGGGAGGGGUGCACUGUAACAUUGUGUCAGAGGUGCAGAUUUCCAGUGUUCAGUGUGUGACAGGCAGCAGUAAUAAGACCGGAGACCAGCGGGUCACCCUGCGUUACGGCAGCAGCCUGCGGCACCUCCACACCAUAGCCUACCGCUACACCCACAACCCCAACAUCACCCACGCCACGCCGGCAAGAGCUUCCUUGAGUGACGGUGGUCGGCUGAUCUACGUGUCGGGCCACAACCUGGACGUGGUGCAGGAGCCCCGGAUGGUGGUGACCACCUCUCCCUUCGGGUCCAUCAGCCAGAAUAAAAGGAGGAAGCGGGGGAGGAGGAAGAGGAGUGUGGAGAGGACUCUGCGGAGGCCAGCGAGGAUGGUCCCUGAGCCUAUAUGUUCUAGAGGGCUGCUCUGCUCCGUCAAACAGUUCACAGAGCGCUGUGAGGUGAACUCCUCCUCCCUGAUCCUCUGCCGCUCUCCUAUGGUGGACUCCUCCUUCCGGGGGUCAAAGGUCACCGCGGAGUUCUUGCUGGACAACCUGCGCUUUGACUUCAGCAGUCUGAACUCGCAGACCUUCAGCUACGAGCCCAACCCCGUCCUGCGGCCCCUGAACCAGCAGGACCCUUUGAAGGCCUACCGCUACAACCCAGGCAGCUUCAUCCAGCUGGAGGGGGAAAACCUGGACCUGGCCAUCACUAAGGACGAAGUGGUGGUGCUGGUUGGGGAGGGUGUGUGUGCCGUUAAGACCCUGACUAAAAACCAUCUGUACUGCGAGCCGCCGCCUCAGCAACCAUCACCAGGACCCAACGGCAAGAGGCGCGAGGGCUCUGACGUCCUGCCUGAAUUCACAGUCCAAAUGGGCAACCUGAACUUCUCCCUGGGUAAGGUUCAGUAUGACAACCUCAGCCUGUCCACCUUUCCCCUGGAGGCUCAGAUUGGAGUUGGGGUUGGGGCGUCCAUAGUAGCCCUCAUCGUCCUCAUCAUCGUGCUCAUUUACAGGAGAAAGAGUAAGCAGGCUCUGAGAGACUACAAGAAGGUCCAGAUCCAGCUGGAGAACCUGGAAACCAGCGUGAGAGACCGCUGCAAGAAAGAGUUUACAGAUUUGAUGACAGAGAUGAUGGACAUGUCCAGCGACCUGGUGGGCUCCGGCAUCCCUUUCCUUGACUACCGGAGGUACGCCGAGCGCAUCUUCUUCCCUGGCCACCGGGAGUCUCCGCUGAGACGAGACCUCGACGUCCAGGAGUGUCGGAGGCAAACGGUGGAGCAGGGCCUGGUGCAGCUGUCCAACCUGCUCAACAGUAAACUUUUCCUCACCAAGUUCAUUCACACUCUGGAGAGCCAGCGGACUUUCUCUCCCAGAGAUAGGGCCUACGUGGCCUCCCUGCUGACGGUGUCGCUGCACGGUAAACUGGAGUACUUCACCGACAUCCUCAAGACACUCCUCAACGACCUGGUGGAGCAGUACGUGGCCAAGAACCCCAAACUGAUGCUGCGACGAACGGAGACAGUGGUGGAGAAGCUGCUGACCAACUGGAUGUCCAUCUGCCUCUAUGCUUUCCUCAGGGACUCAGCAGGGGAGUCUCUCUACAUGCUGUUCAGGGCCAUAAAGCACCAGGUCGAUAAAGGGCCGGUGGACGCUGUGACCGGCAAGGCCAAGUACACCCUCAAUGACAACCGCCUGCUGCGAGAGGACGUGGAGUACAAGACCCUGACUCUGAAUGUUUUGGUGCAGGGCGGCGCAGUGAACGAGAGCCAGCCGCUGCCCUCCAAAGUGCUGGACUGUGACACCAUCACACAGGUGAAAGAGAAGCUGCUGGACCAGGUGUACAAGGGCACCUCCUUCUCCCACCGACCCCACGCGGACUCGUUGGACCUGGAGUGGCGCUCUGGUGUUGCCGGCCAUCUCAUUCUGUCAGAUGAGGACUUAACAUCAGUGGUUCAGGGCAAUUGGAAACGCCUCAACACGCUGCAGCACUACAAGGUCCCAGACGGUGCGACGGUAGCGCUGGUCCCUCGCAACACCAAACACAUUCACCAUGACAACCACGACUACGUGGCAGGAGAGAAGACUCCGAUGCUGGAAGAUGCAGAUGAAGGUGGAGUGAGGCUGUGGCAUCUGGUGAAAGCCAGCGAGGAGCCUGAGCUGCCCAAACACCGCCGAGGCAGUCUGAGGGAGAGAGAGAGGGCCAAGGCCAUCCCUGAGAUCUACCUUACCCGCCUGCUGUCCAUGAAGGGGACGCUGCAGAAGUUUGUAGACGAUCUGUUCACAGUGAUCCUCAGCACCAGUCGCCCCGUCCCGCUGGCCGUCAAAUACUUCUUCGACCUGCUGGACGACCAGGCGGCAAAACACGGCAUCUCCGACCCGGAGACAAUACACAUAUGGAAGACCAACAGUCUCCCUCUGCGUUUCUGGAUCAACAUUGUGAAGAACCCUCAGUUCAUCUUUGACGUCCAGGCGUCGGACCACGUGGACGCCGUGCUGACUGUCAUCUCCCAGACCUUCAUGGACUCGUGCACCAUCGCUGAGCACAAGCUGGGACGGGACUCUCCCAUCAACAAGCUGCUGUAUGCCAGAGACAUCCCACGCUACAAGCAGAUGGUAGAAAGGUACUAUGCUGACAUCCGGCAGACCAUCUCAGCCAGCGACCAGGAGAUGAACUCUGCUCUGGCCGAACUGUCCAGGAACUACUCCGGAGAGCUGAACUACCUGGUCGCACUGCACGAGCUUUACAAGUACAUCAACAAGUACUACGACCAGAUCAUCACUGCGCUGGAGGAGGACCCCACGGCCCAGAAGAUGCAGCUUGGUUACCGGCUGCAGCAGAUCGCGGCCGCCGUGGAGAAUAAAGUCACUGACUUGUGACAAAGGACAGCACCCACCAGAGCUGCAGCAAACGGAGUGGGCCGGGAAGAGGGUGGCGGAGCAACAGACGUGCGCCCUGCAGGUUUAACUGAAACGCAGGAGAGCGACAAACCCUUCCUUUUUCAGGAGGAAGGGGUCGAGUGAAGGAGCCGUGGCUCUUUUGGAGAAACGGCGAGGAUCAGAAGUUACCGUUGGUGUAGACUGAGGAUCCAUCUGUGACUUCAGUCCAGACACUCGAAGCAGGACAGCACAUGGACACAGAACAAAUCUGAACAAAGACGCAUGCUGUCCCUGCGUUAACUUUAUGAAUAGACACUUGGAGUGAAAAAAUGUGGCAUUUAAUCUCUACACAAGUAGCAGCUAUUCCAGCUGGUCUACAGUCAGCUGAUCUGAAGACUGAUUCCAAUGUUUCCCCUCCGAGUCCAUUUUAUGAAGCGGUACCUCUUAUGCCUUGUGUGUGUGCUUCUCGCUGCUGUAUUGUCAGAAGUCAUUUCUUUCUUUCUUUCGCUGUGUGUGUGUGUGUGUGUGUGUGUGUGUGUGUGUGUGUGUG